ACGCUGCAGGUUUUUUGGAAGGCUACCUCACUGCUUCACGUAUGAGUGACCAUGUUGCAAAUCUGUAUACUCAGAUGAUUAAGAAUUUCAUCAUUGAACAAAAAGUAAAAGAUUUUAUGCAGAAACAGGAUGAAUGGACGAGGCAGCAGAUUAAAAAUAACAAGGAUGACCCCUUCUGGAGAAAUGCAGGCUACAUUAUUGCUCAGUUGGAUGGGCUGUACAUGGGAAACGUGGAAUGGGCUAAACGGCAGAAAAGGACACCUCUCACUGCCUUUGAAAUUAGUUUCCUAAAUGCAGUUGGAGAUCUGCUUGACCUCAUUCCUUCCUUAACCUCAGACUCAAGAAACAAUGAUUUACUUUCUAUGCCAGAAGUUUCUAGGAUGUAUCAAUGGGAUAUGGGUCAUUGCUCAGCUUUAAUCAAGGUCCUCCCUGGAUAUGAGAAUAUCUACUUUGGUCAUUCUAGUUGGUUCACAUAUGCUGCCACUUUGAGAAUAUAUAAACAUUGGGACUUCAGAAUUAUUGACCCACAGACAAAAACAGGACGUGCCUCUUUCAGCAGUUAUCCAGGCUUUUUGGUUUCCCUAGAUGACUUUUAUAUACUUGGCAGUGGAUUGAUUAUGUUGCAGACCACAAACAGUGUAUUCAACCUUUCUCUUCUUAAACAAGUGGUACCUGAGAGCCUCUUUGCAUGGGAGAGAGUCCGUAUUGCCAAUAUGAUGGCAGAUUCUGGAAAGACCUGGGCCCAAACUUUUGAAAAACAAAAUUCUGGUACUUACAAUAAUCAAUAUAUGAUACUCGAUACAAAAAAGAUCAAAUUGCGAAGACGCAUUGACGAUGAGGCACUUUAUAUCAUUGAACAGGUUCCCAAUCUUGUAAAAUAUUCCGAUCAAACAGAUAUUCUCCGUAAAGGAUACUGGUCUUCCUACAACAUCCCUUUCCAUAAAGUAAUUUAUAAUAUGAGUGGAUAUGGAGAAUAUGUUGAAAAGUAUGGUUUGGACUUUUCUUAUGAAAUGGCCCCAAGAGCAAAAAUCUUCCGACGGGACCAAGGAACAGUAACUGAUAUGAAGUCCAUGAAGCGCAUCAUGAGAUAUAAUAAUUAUAAGAAAGAUCCGUACACAAGAUACAAUCCCUGCAAUACCAUUUGCUGCCGAGAAGACUUGAAACACAAGUCUCCAGUUCCAGCUGGAUGCUACGAUUCUAAGGUAGCAGAUAUCAAUAUGGCUGCAAAGUUUACAGCCUAUGCCGUCAGUGGCCCACCUGUGGAGAAAGGCCUGCCUAUCUUCAGCUGGGUUAAUUUCAACAAGACGAAGCACCAGGGUCUGCCAGAGUCAUACAACUUUGAUUUUGUUACUAUGAAACCAGUGCUGUGAAUCUAUAUCUGAGCAUUUGAACAUGUGCAGGAAAAUUGUGUUUACAUUUUUUUUUGCCAUAUCAAAUAAACAGACCUGGAUAUACCUUGA